AUGGACAAAGAUCUCGACAAUGCGAACCCGACCAUCCUGAGCGCGGCUCAGAUGCCGACGCGUCAGACCAAGAGGAUAGCGCCAAGGAAGGGCCCAGAUGCCAAAUAUAACGAUGUCAUUCUGGCCAAACCUGCCUACCUGUCACGCCCCUUCUGCGAUGACGACUCGUUAUGGCCCGACAGGGACGUUGUCGAUGACGACUUUGCUGAGGAGCCCAUCGAUGAGCAGGAAAUUUACGACUUGAUAUCUACCAUCUCUGAUCCAGAGCACCCCCUCUCUCUGGGCCAGCUGGCGGUCGUCAACCUUCCUGACAUCCACAUCAACCCACCUCCCUGUUCAGGACCGUCAGACCCCAAUGCGCUGGUGCAGGUCAAGGUCGACUUGACGCCCACCGUAUCACACUGCUCUCUUGCCACCGUCCUUGGCUUGGGGGUUCGUGUGCGUCUGGAGCAAGCGCUCCCCCCCAAUUACCGCGUCGACGUCAGGGUCAAGGAGAACGCCCACGCCCAGGAUGACCAGGUCAACAAACAGCUGAGUGACAAGGAGCGCGUCGCUGCCGCCCUGGAGAAUGACACCCUCAGGGGGGUUCUGGACAAGAUGCUCGAAACCUGCGUAUGA